AUGAAGUCCAUCAUCAUCGCAGCCGCCAUCUCGGGCGCCCUCGCCUCCCUCAACUGCACGGCCACAGCCGAUGUCAAGACUUACUGCUGCCCGGACACCAAGUCCGAGCUCGUCAAGACUGGACCCGCGGGUGCCCUCAUCAUGAUGGGUUGUGCGGCCGACAACACCAAUAAGUACAUCGCAGUCCUCCGGACCAUGAACAAUAGCUCUGAGACCUACUCGACCCAAUUUAAAGAUUGCUACCUCAACACCAUCCCAUUCAACGACCUCAAGGUCCUCCCCGACUGCAAGGACGAUACCUACGUCCUCGACCUUACCCGCGGCAAGUCCGGACCCCUCGAUAAAUGUAACCCCAACUGCGUCAGCCAGAACAAGUUCCCGGCCAACACCUACUUUGGCGACCGGCAGAAGGAGACCAAUAUGGCGUCUGAUUUCCCGCGUCCUAAUCCCAGCCCGGGAUGGCCUUGGGCUCGUAGAGGGCGCAGGGUCUAG